GUGUGGCUGCCGUAGUACGCGGUUCUUUAUUUUCAUUCGUCUUCGCUCCUCACCCGACCAUCUGUCACUGGUUGUUUAUAUCGACAAUUACCGCUUGUGGUUUGUAAUUAAAGUGCGAAUAAACACUUGGCGAUGUCUUCCAACGGUGGGAUUCAGAUACCCAGCCGCUUGCCUUUAAUAUUAACUCAUGAAGGCGUUCUGCUGCCCGGCUCGACGAUGCGAAUUAGCGUCGACUCGGCGAGAAACAUGCAGCUGGUGAAGAGCAGGCUGCUGAAGGGGACCUCACUAAAGAGCACCAUUAUAGGAGUAAUUCCCAACACCAAAGACCCGGAGCAGGACAGCGAGGAGCUCCCCUCUUUACACGGCAUCGGCACAGCAGGCCUGGCAGUCCAGGUAGUGGGUAGUAACUGGCCAAAGCCGCACUACACACUGCUAAUCACGGGUUUGUGCCGCUUCCGUGUGACGCAGCUGCUGAGGGAGAGACCCUUCCCUGUGGCUGUGGUGCAGCAGCUGGACAAACUUGAGCAGUACACUGAUGGAGAACAGUUGGAUGGAGAGCUGGGAGAACUUUCUCAGAGGUUCUACCAGGCUGCAGUGCAGUUGCUGGGAAUGCUGGAUAUGUCCGUGCCUGUAGUAGCGAAGCUGAGGCGGCUGCUCGAGAGUCUGCCCAGAGAAACCCUGCCUGACGUGCUUGCCGCCAUGAUCCGCACCUCCAACACAGAGAAGCUCCAGGUGCUGAAUGCAGUGGACUUGGAGGAGCGAUUUAAAAAGACUCUUCCUAUGCUCACCAGACAGAUCGAGGGCCUCAAACUGCUGCAGAAGACUCGUAAACCCAAACCUGAUGAUGAAAAGAGGGUACUGGUUAUCCGCAAAGGCAGCGGUGUGCUCCCUGGCCGUCAGUUCUCUCUUGAGGAGGAAGGGGAAGAUGAGAAUGGUGAUGAAAUGGCUGUGCUGGAGAGGAAGGUGAACGAGGCAGCAAUGCCUGAGUCUGCUCUACGUGUAUGCCUAAAAGAACUCAAACGUCUGAAGAAGAUGCCCCAGUCCAUGCCAGAGUAUGCUCUCACCCGCAACUACCUGGAGCUCAUGGUGGAGCUGCCUUGGAGCAAGAGCACCAAGGACUGCCUGGACAUUCGGGCUGCUCGGGUGCUUCUGGACAGUGAUCACUACGCCUUGGAGAAGCUGAAGAGGCGGGUGCUGGAGUACCUAGCAGUGCGGCAGCUCAAGAGCUCCCUUAAAGGUCCUAUUCUGUGCUUCGUGGGGCCUCCGGGUGUCGGAAAAACCAGUGUGGGCCGCUCCAUCGCCCGCACCCUGGGCAGGGAGUUCCACCGUAUCGCCCUGGGAGGAGUGUGUGACCAGUCAGACAUCCGUGGCCACAGGCGAACCUAUGUGGGCAGCAUGCCUGGCCGCAUCAUCAAUGGCCUGAAGACUGUCGGUGUCAACAAUCCUGUAUUCUUAUUGGACGAGGUGGACAAAUUGGGCAAGAGCCUGCAGGGAGACCCCGCUGCUGCCCUGCUGGAGGUUCUGGACCCAGAGCAAAACCACAGUUUUACUGACCACUACCUCAAUGUGGCCUUUGACCUUUCACAAGUCCUCUUCAUCGCCACGGCAAACACCACAGCAACCAUCCCCCCUGCUCUGUUGGACAGAAUGGAGGUGCUGCAUGUGCCAGGAUACACACAGGAGGAGAAAGUGGAAAUCGCUCAUCGGCACCUGAUCCCCCAUCAGCUCGAUCAGCAUGGCCUCACUCCUCAGCAGCUCCAGAUCCCACAAGACACCACACAGGGGAUCAUCAGCAAGUAUACGCGGGAAGCGGGUGUGCGCUCUUUGGAAAGGAAGAUUGGAGCCAUCUGUCGAGCGGUGGCUGUGAAGGUGGCAGAAGGUCAUAAGAUGUCAAGAUCGGAGUCGUCCAGUGAAUCUGGAGCAGGUCAGGAUCAAGCAGAGACAGGACAGGAUUCUGACAUGGCAUCUCCACCCGAGAUGCCCAUCGUCAUUGACCACGUAGCCCUCAAAGACAUUUUGGGGCCACAGCUCUUUGAAAUGGAGGUGUCCGAGCGUCUGACCCUGCCCGGUGUGGCUAUAGGCCUGGCCUGGACUCCGCUUGGUGGAGAGAUCAUGUUUGUGGAAGCCAGUCGUAUGGAGGGCGAAGGUCAGCUCACGCUAACCGGCCAGUUGGGUGAUGUCAUGAAGGAGUCAGCACAUCUGGCCAUGAGCUGGCUCCGCAGCAAUGCCAAGAUCUACCAGUUAACAAACCUUGCAGGCUGUGCUGACCCUCUUGAGGCCACUGACAUCCACUUGCACUUCCCGGCGGGUGCAGUCACUAAAGACGGCCCUUCUGCUGGAGUUACUAUCGUAACAUGUCUAGCCUCUCUGUUCAGUGGGCGUCUGGUGCGCUCUGAUGUAGCCAUGACAGGAGAGAUCACUCUGAGAGGCCUGGUGCUGCCGGUGGGUGGCAUUAAGGAUAAAGUCCUGGCGGCUCACCGUGCUGGUCUCAAGCGAGUCAUCCUCCCCAAACGUAACGAAAAGGACCUAGAGGAGAUUCCAGCCCACAUCCGUGCAGAACUGGACUUCGUCCCAGCUAGUACUUUAGACGAAGUUCUUAAUGCUGCCUUUGAUGGUGGAUUCCCUACUGCCACCAUAACACACCCGCGGUUUAGCAGCAAGCUCUGAAACUGCAAAUUCUCUCUCUCACACACACACACACACACGACAGAGUCUUUCAUGGUCCUUUGAAACUGAAAGCACUAGGGUGAACAUCAGGUUCAGCUCAUGGAGUUGUGAACUCCAUUAUUUCUGCUUAAUACGCCGGGUUUAUUAGAAACAUUGUGUGAAAAUCCUAUAGUGUAUUAUAAUAGAAAUAAAAUAGAACAUUUUAUUUCUAUUACAUAUCAGAAAUGUAAUUUGAUACAAUGAAGUAUUUCAUGCUAUUAACAUGUGUUCCUGCAUGUGAACACAAGACACAGAUUGUCUGAGUUGUUGGUAGUUUCUGGUAAUUUGGCAACAGCUGCUUGCAGAGAGUGAGUCUGUUACUGUGAGGAUGUCUGUACCAGCUGAUACAGUAAUGUUAUCAGCGCUCUGUGUAUCAAAAAAAAAAAAAAAAAAGUUAAGAGAUGUAUCGGCUGAUACCGAUUAAAGGCUAUUUUUCCCGCUUUCGGCCGAUAGUUUAAAAACAUCAGAUGAUCAAGGCCGAUUAUAUUAUCUCAAUCAAAAGAGGGCGGGAAAGCACAUCAGUUUAGUUUCGUGCUGUGUGUAAAGAUGAUGUCUCUUGUGUGGAAUGACGACAAAACUGCAGUUUGUAAUGUCUGUAAUCUCUGCACUACUAAAAUUUUACACCGGACGCUGCAGCAGUGAAGCAGCGUCGAGUCUUAAUUUUUCCCUCGCUGCUGAAUUAAAGCACCAGUACACCAUUGAAAGAUUUAAAUGAAGAGGAGUGACAAAAAAGUAAGUAAGUAAGUAAGUAAGUAAAUAAAUAAAUAAAUAGAAAGAAAAAUAUAAUUGUAGAGUAGGAUGUUUCACAUGCAGUUACUGUUAACAUCAUCUAAAAAAAAAAAAAAAAAAAAGGUUUAUAUUAAGCCUAUAUAUUACCAGGUUGAUGUUAGUGAUGAAGUAGAAAUGCUUUUAUUUGUGGUGAGUGAAUGUGAGAUUAACAGGAGGUUUUUAGAUUUCAGGCAAUUAAUUCUGUUAAUAUGAAUUAAUAAUAUUCAACAAGACAAGAAAUCUUACUUUAAUCUUCAGAUCAUGUGUUAAUGUUGAGUAAUGCGUUUUGUUUAUGAGACAGUUACUGUGAAACAACUUGUUGAAAUGGAGAGAAAGUUUUUAUUUGCAUUUGCUUCAGAAUUGUGGAAUUAAUUAUCAUUAAUUCAAAAUAAGGCAUAAAAGGCAGAACUAUCAUUAUCAGCCGAUAUCACUCUGAAUAAUCGCUUAUCGGUAUCGGCUGAGAAAUUUAGUAUCGGUGCAUCUCUAAUGUACAUAAGAUUGCUGAAUCCACACUAAUUUUAUUAAAAUAAAAUACUUGUUACUACCAAGAGAUCCUCUGCUAUGCUUGAGGGAACAAGUCACUGAACUGGUUAUAAUUUCUGAUUUAGAGAAAUGGGGUGUCCAGUAGCUAUUACAUCAUUUAACAUUUGAACAGUGUAUUACAAUCAUUUGGAAUAUUACAAAUAAAGACUACUGUAAAUACUACCAUUUGCCCCUGAUUAUUUUAUAUGCUGGUGAUACAUAUUUAAGUCUAAUGUUCUAUAAUCUCAGAAAGUUUCUACCAAUACAAUCUCUCUCAUGUAAUAAAUAAAAAUGAAGAGUUGGAUUGGUUGCUUGGACGAUGGAAAUGAAAACAGUGAAUUGCACCUGUUCAGGUCUCUUGUUUGAUUCAGUAGAAGAGAAAUGAUUUGUAUGUGAAACACGUUCCUCUUCCUCAUGAAAGUUUUUUCCAGUCUAAGCUUUCUGUAAUUGUCAAACGUUUGGAUUCAACUGGUCAGGAAUUCUUACCGUUGACCACAAUAAACUGAGCACUGAAGACAAAUUGCUGGAAGGUGUGCAGGAUUAGUAGGAGAUGUGAUGGUUAAACUUAUGCACUACUCACCAUAUACAAGACUUACCUUACAUAGAGAACAGUUCAGCCUCUAAUCGUUAUUCUCUGAUAAAUAUGUGCAUGAGCCAAAGGAAGAUGGAGGAAUCAGGGAGGCAUCAGUUUUGAAAUGUACCCCAAGUUCAUCUCAUCUCGAGUUUUCCUGAAGCCAGGAUGAAAAUCACUUUAUCGUACCUUGAACUAAACUGAGCCAAAAAUAUUCAUGCAACACAACAUGCAGCACAAACCAACACAUGUAUGUUAUAAUUGAUCUUUUUGUAUACAUCUAUACCUGGUAUGGUUGCAGCCCUCAUGCCUAGAAAUGCUGUUUUUCUUUGCCAUGUUAUUAUUGAAUGAUUGAUGCAGUAUAACUAUUAUUAAUCAUGUCCAAUUUCCUGUCGUGGUAGCUCGUGGUUAAAACAUUGGACUUCUGAUCAAAACCGGCGUACCCUGAGGAAACCACCGAAGCACUGGGAGAACAUUCAAACUCUGCACACACAGGGCGGAGGCGGGAAUAGAACCCCCAACCCCAGAGGUGCGAGGCACACACGCUAACCGCUAAGCCACCCAGCAUACAGUAUAAGAAACAGAAAACAAAAAAAAAGGUAUGAAAAAGAUAGAUUUAUUUAAUGGCAAAAUAGACCAAAACAAACAUUAAAACAAAAAUAAAAACAGACCAGGACCAGCAACAGUACAAUGUAUCCACAGAGAUGUUUUGGCGUUUUCUUCAACCGUUCCUCACAAAAACAGACACACAUACAAAACAAAAAAUCUGUACUUACAAAAAGAGAACAAAAGACAUGAGGUCUUCUGAAGAACAACACUAUAUACAAACACUGAAGAUUAGCCACAAUGUUACAACAGCCUUUUCAUUCCUUUUUCUUAAGUCAUUAUAAAAUGAUAACAAUAAUCUCAAUAAUAACGGCAGAAAUUGCGCUCACUUCUAGUCUGAUAUGCUGGAGAGCCUCGCCUCCUGCAUGAAGAGAUCACCAUUUCCACAUGACUGAGACGAGCAUGUGUUCACCUGUCAAACUAAAGCACAAUCCAUUCAAAUGACCCAACGUUCACAGGCGCAACACUGCUGUUAAUAGCACCUGGUCAGGAAAAGUAGGCUAUCGUAGGGAGAAGCUAAACAUUUAAGAGGGAAAAGUGGCUUUGAGGACGUCAAACCUGAUGUGGUCACAUCAAGUCCACACAGAAACUUCUCAUAACCGCCGCCCCUCCUCAUGAGGAAAAACCCCAAGAGAAACUCUACAAUGAUUCAGGCAGAAACUACUAAAAUUUUCAGAUGAAAUCUGGACACACCAAGCCUCAGUCAGUGGUCAUGCAAAUAACUGCAGCAUCUUUCUUAGGGGAGAGGGGAUCAGACGAGAUCAAACAAUGUUUGAUUAAAACCUAAAACUGGAAAUUCAACUUAAAAAAGUAUUAGUGUUUCAUUUGCCCCAACAAUGCAAUAUGUUGGGGGG